AUGGCCAGGAAAGUCGCGGCCGCAAGGGCAAUUGCCCGCUCGUCCCCUCAUCUUCCCGUGAAUCCCGAAUCGUCAUCUCCUCGUCGAAAGGCAGGCAGACCAUCCAAUCAAUCCAGGCCCAAAAUUUCCGCAGCCGCCGAAUUUGAAGACAUGGACUUGGUUCGAGAGCCUAUAUAUGCAAAGGCGAAGAGGAAUCAGCUUCCUCAGCAGGUACUGAAGAAAGUCGUGAUUCCAGUCAAUGGCCGCUCGUCAAUCGCCUCUUCCGUCUCCAGUGUGCGCGACCAGUCUAGCGAGUAUGACACACCAGGCACGAGCGUGGCUGUGACACCUGCAGAAUCCUUGGUGAGAGAGGAACGAUCUUCCAAACGUCCAAGUAGAGUUAGCAGCAGCAUACCUACUUAUCAGCCCAAGGAACCAUCCAAGGGAAAGCGGAAGCGCUUGGAAGUUGACGAGCUCGUGGAAGCUGAUGCUCUCUUGGCUCAAAAGUUACAAGAGCGAGAGUAUGGCGAGGACCAAGAAGAGGCUCGCAGACCUAGACGAGCUCGAAAAGGUCUGAUCGAAGAUUCCGAAGACGAACUUUUGCUUUCUGAUCUAAGCCAAGAGCAUUCGCCAGAUCCGGACGACGUCCCAGAACUCGACAUACCUAUGUCUCGAAGGUCCAUCAGAAGAGGCCACAAGGCUUUCCUAUCUCGGGCUACUCCUCCGGAUGUAGAUGGCGAUCGGUCCCAAGAGGAGUCCCUUAAUGAGGAAGAAAUCAUAGAAUCUCUUAUGCCCAAGAGUAAGAGACUGAAGGCAAACCACCGUACAUCUUUGCCAUCUCGAGCUGCUCGGGACUCUGCAAACAAGUCUAUUAAAGACAAGGCCCCCCGCAGAAUCCUUGACAGCGAGGACUCUGACUUGUCUGAUCAUGGCGACGACGCGUCUCUUUUCGGCUCUGAUAUCCGUUCUGAUGCAUUUGAAGAAUCCGAAGAUGCUGGUGAAGAGGUUGAUGAUGUCGUCGGUGUGGUUAACAGCCCUUUGUCAGCGCCAACCGCCGACCCGGCUACUGGCCGUCGUGGCCGUAGAGGAGCUCCGUCCACCCGAGGCAGACGCUCUUGGCAGAGACGGGUUGAAGAUAGGGCUGUAAGAGAGCGGCAAAAGCUAGAGAAAGCGCAUCCUGAGAUCAUGACCAUGUGGACAGAUCUUGAAGCCGUCCCUCUAAUCAAGCUCACGCAAGCUGUGCAACCCGAGACGAUUACGCGUAAGCUUAAAACAUUUCAGCUCGAAGGCUUGGACUGGAUGACGAAGCAGGAGAAAUCUCAAUGGAAAGGAGGUCUUCUCGGCGACGAAAUGGGAAUGGGCAAGACUAUCCAGGCUGUAUCCUUGAUCAUGUCUGAUUAUCCGGCAAAAGACCCUACAUUGGUAGUCGUCCCCCCCGUUGCGCUCAUGCAAUGGCAGAACGAGAUAAAUGAAUACACGGAUGGCAAACUGCGCGUUUUAAUCUAUCACAAUUCGAACCCGAAGGUUAAGAACUUGAAGGUGAAAGACCUCAGAGGCUUUGAUGUAAUCAUGAUAUCUUACUCAGGACUCGAAUCGGUAUAUCGCAAAGAAUCUAAGGGCUGGAAACGUGACGACGGCCUCAUCAAAGAGAACAGCAAGAUUCACGCCAUUAAUUAUCAUCGACUGAUCCUGGACGAGGCACAUAAUAUCAAGACGCGGACUACUGGAGUCGCCAAAGCUUGCUUCGCACUCAAGGCAGAUCAUAAGUGGUGCCUGUCCGGUACACCUGUGCAAAACCGCAUCGGGGAGUUCUUUUCACUUCUCCGCUUCCUUCAGAUUGCGCCUUUUGCAUGCUACUUUUGCAAGAAGUGCAAAUGUGCAGAGCUCCAUUGGACACAAGACGAAGCGAAGAAAUGUACGACUUGCAAUCACACUGGCUUUGACCACGUCUCGAUUUUCAACCAGGAGUUGUUGAACCCUAUCACUCAAGGGGAAGACCAUGAGCUUCGUCGGGCUGCACUUGGCAAGCUACGCCUUGUCACCGACCGAAUCAUGCUGCGACGUAUGAAACGUGAUCACACUGCUUCCAUGGAGCUUCCACCUAAGGAAGUCAUCAUUCACAAUGAGUUCUUCGGCGAGAUCGAGCGAGACUUCUCUUCCAGUAUUAUGUCCAAUACCACCCGGGAAUUUGAUACGUACGUGAGUCGUGGUGUCAUGCUCAACAACUACGCAAACAUUUUUGGCCUCAUCAUGCAGAUGCGUCAAGUAGCAAAUCACCCUGAUCUUAUCCUAAAGAAGCACGCGCAAGGCGGACAGAACGUCCUGGUCUGCAGUAUAUGCGAUGAGACUGCCGAGGAACCCAUUCGUUCGCGCUGCCAUCAUGAGUUCUGCCGUAAAUGUGCAAAGGACUACGUAAGGUCCUUUGAAGACGACACUCCAGACUGCCCACGAUGUCACAUCCCGUUGACCAUCGACUUCGAUCAGCCGGACAUCGAGCAAGACGAAGAUAAUGUCAAGAAGAGCUCCAUCAUCAAUCGAAUCAAGAUGGAAGACUGGACUUCAUCCACCAAAAUAGAGAUGUUGGUUUACGAUCUCUACAAGCUAAGAAGUCAGAAGCAAACCCACAAAUCAAUCGUCUUUUCACAAUUCACGUCAAUGCUACAGCUGGUCGAAUGGCGUCUUCGUCGUGCAGGCUUUAACACCGUGAUGCUAGACGGCAGUAUGAGUCCAGCUCAGCGCCAGAAGUCAAUUGAGUAUUUCAUGAAUAACACUGAUGUCGAGGUCUUCCUCGUUUCACUAAAGGCUGGGGGUGUGGCUUUGAACCUGACAGAAGCCUCAAGAGUAUUUAUCAUCGACCCUUGGUGGAACCCUGCCGCCGAGUGGCAGUCCGCUGAUCGCUGUCACCGUAUCGGCCAGAAGCGUCCUUGUGUCAUCACCCGUCUCUGUAUAGAGGACUCGGUCGAGUCACGCAUGGUGAUGUUACAGGAGAAGAAGGCGAACAUGAUCAACGGCACCAUCAAUAACGAUCAGGUUGCUAUGGAGAAGCUGACCCCCGAGGACAUGCAGUUCCUGUUCCGCGGAAGCUAG